AAGUUUUUUAAUGCACUGAGACACGUUACAGUGCUAAAAACAGUGUGGAUUUCAAAAGCCAGUGCUGUCCAGAGAAAAGGCAGGGCUGGGCGUUGUCAGCCUGGAGUCUGUUUUCAUCUCUUCAGCAGGCUCAGAUUCCAGAAUAUGACGGAAUUUCGGACUCCAGAACUUCCAAGAAUGCCACUUCAGGAGCUUUGUUUGUACACAAAACUUCUGGCUCCAAGUCACUGUCCAGUUGUAGACUUCCUUAUGAAAGCUCCAGAUCCUCCAGCUGCUUUGACUGUGAGAAGUGCUGUGCACCUCCUUAAGGCAAUAGAUGCCAUGAACCCGUGGGAAGAUCUCACCGAACUGGGUUAUCGUCUCACUGAGCUCCCAGUCGAGCCAGCCCUGGGCAAAAUGGUGUUGUAUGCUGUAGUUUUGAAGUGCCUGGAUCCUGUGCUCACUAUUGCCUGUGCCCUGGCCUGCAGAGACCCCUUUGUGCUCCCUGCCUGGGCCUCUCAGAGACGUGCAGCUAUGCUGGGGAGGAAACGCUUUGCUGCAGGGACCUUCAGCGACCACAUGGCACUUCUCAGGGCUUUCCAGGCCUGGCAGAAGGCACGGAGUGAUGGCUGGGAGAGAGCCUUCUGUGAGAAGAACUUCCUGUCCCAAGCCACGAUGGAAAUCAUCGUAGGAAUGAGAACACAACUGCUUGGCCAGCUCAGGGCCUCAGGCUUUGUUAGAGCCAGAGGAGGAGCUGAUAUCCGAGAUGUCAAUACCAACUCUGAGAACUGGGCUGUGAUUAAAGCUGCCCUGGUGGCUGGGAUGUAUCCCAACCUUGUGCACGUGGACAGGGAGAGCUUGGCCUUGACUGAACCACAGGGGAAGAAAGUGCAAUUUCAUCCAACUUCUGUGCUCAGACAACCUCAGUGCAAAAAGAUUCCCCCAGCAGAUGGACAAGCUGCUGCUAUCCGGGCACUUCCUACAAACUGGCUCAUAUACAAUGAGAUGACAAGAGCUCACAGGGUAGCAAACAUCAGGUGCUGCACUGUUGUAACUUCUGUCACUGUGUCACUCUUCUGUGGACCUGCCAGGUUACCCAGCAAUGCUUUGCAGGCACCUCCCUCCUUCCAAGGGGAUGGAAUGUCUAAUGACAGCAGUGACAGUGAGAUGGAGGACUCAUCUGCUCAUCUGGCACUGCUGAAGUUAGAUGAAUGGCUCCAUCUCAAACUGGACCCCGAAGCUGCUGGUUUGAUGCUACAGCUCAGACAAAAGUGGCACAGCUUGUUUCUGCGGCGGAUGCAAGCUCCUUCUAAACCAUGGUCUCAGGUCGAUGAAACCAUUGUCAGAACAAUCACAGCUAUUUUAAGUGCUGAAGAACAGUCUGCAGGUUUGCAGCAGCCUUCAGGAAUUGGGCAGAGACCAAGACCUGUGCCUUGUGAAGAGCUUCCUUCAGCAUCUACAUGGAGAUCGAGCUACAGUAGGAAAAGCUCAGCAGAAACUGAAUUCUCUGACUCCUCCAAUACUGAAAAAGUUUUGAUGAAAUCUGCGGCUCCUGUACUUCAGCAGCCAAAGAAACACAAAGAAAAAGACAUUUUGCACUCCAAGGGAGCAGAUCAAACAUCACUGAAGGCGACAGACAGCAGUAGCUCCCCCAGCCCUUGUUCUGCUGCUCCUUCUCCCAUCUCUGGAAAGGGUUCCAAAUCUCCUUCCUCAAGACCGAAUACACCAGUUCGGUACUUCAUAAUGAAAAGUAGCAACAUGCAAAACCUUGUUAUUUCUCAGCAGAAGGGCAUGUGGUCCACCACACCCAGCAAUGAACGAAAACUGAACUCAGCUUUCUGGGAGAGCAGCAGGGUUUACUUAAUAUUUUCUGUGCAAGGGUCUGGACACUUUCAGGGCUUUGCCAGGAUGUGUUCAGACAUAGGAUGUGAGAAGAGUCAGGACUGGGGGUCUGCCAGUUUUGGAGGUGUGUUCCAGGUGGAGUGGAUCCGGAAGGAAAGCAUUCCCUUUCAGUUUGCUCACCAUUUGGUCAACCCUUGGAAUGACAAUAAGAAAGUACAGAUGAGCAGGGAUGGCCAGGAGCUGGAACCCCAAGUUGGAGAGCAGUUGCUGCAGCUGUGGGACUCUAUUCCUUUGGUAGGGAAAAACUCAACUGACUGA